UAAAAGCUAGGCAGUGCUGUAUAUGUGGACUGACACGGAGACCGACUGACAACUUGUCCACGUUUCUGCAUCCAAGUAAAAUUACUAUUGGAAGCGUUAAUCAAUGAGAUAGUCUGAAGCAAGAGUCCGAACCUUACACGUCUUGACAUCAACGCUCGCGUGGAUUCCGCUGCUUUGGUUUGCUGAGGCCUCAGCUCAACGCGGAGUGGCGCCAAGCUGAAUGGUUUGCCAGGCCUGUGAAAAGAAGCUAUCAAAGGUUGCCUGCCCGGAAAAGUGGCGGGACAGCAAGGGUGACAAGCAGGGCGAGAGCAGCGGGCGCAAGGUCAACGAGAACAAGUUGCUCAAAGGGGCAAAACGAUACCAACCAUACAACAAGAAAUGCAAGACGUGCAAACAGAACCUGCACCAAGACGGCCUGUACUGCCAGGCCUGCGCCUAUGCUAAAGGUGAAGGGGCUUGUUUCGCCUGGCGAGUCGCGCACCGCAAGUGCAGGAGGCGCCACGACUCCGUCGCCGGCCGCUCAGCAGCCCGCUGCCGCAGCUCAGCAGCAGCCAAAGAAGAAGGUCGACGAGGGGCCCAGCUCCUUCUCAUUUCCCACCCUGAGCGGGGCAGACGACUCGCUUCCUGCUAACGCUCUCUUGCGGCCUGCGGUGGCGCCCUCGCCCUCCGCUAAAGCCGUGGCGCCGGCCCCGGCGCGGCUGGCAGCAGCCCAGGCCGCCAUCGCCGUCCCAGCCGUAGUCAGUUCUUCUGAGCUCAUGAACGGCUGGUCACCGUCAAAGCUAGCGUCACUCAACUUCUUCCCCAGUGGUGUCGCCCAGGCGAAACCUGUUCCCAGCGCGUUGGCAGAGCCCGCCGCUGCGCUGCCGUUGGCGCGGGCGCCGGUUCAGGCACUCACGCUUGCGCCGGCGCCGAUGCCCUCGUUUGACCCAGUGCGGUCGACGGAGGUAUUCCGGCCGUACCAGGGGCUGAAGACGCUGUUGCGCGCCGGGCCUGGUGGGUUGGUGAGCGGUGGCGGCAGUGGCACGGCGGGGCCGAAUGGCUUUGCGUUGGGGCUGCCGCAGCAGCCGGUCAGCAGCACGGAGCCGCUGGGGCUGCCGGCCGCGGGGCCAUCAUUCGGUGGCGCGGCAGGGCGACCACCUCUCGGCAACAGCCUGCGCUACAAUCCGUACGGCCGUCCCAACCUACCGCGCCCCCCUCGCGUUGCGGGCCCCAGCGGCCCAGCCGCCAAGGACCAUGCGCCCACAGACGCGGCCGGCAACGCACCCGAGCAGCGCCAGCAGCAUCAACAGCAGACCUCUACGGCGGUGGCGACUGCACAGCUGCCGACGGGCGUACCGCCGGCCGGUCCCGGCCCCAGCGGCAUGCCGCCGCGGCCGCCCACUGCCGCGGGUGGUGUGCGCCUGGCUCCGGGCCAGGUUGCGUUCGCCUCGGGUCGGUCGGGCACGCCCCUGCCCAAGUUCGGGCCGCUGGGGCUACCGGGUGCGGUGCCGGGCGCGCAGGGUCAGGCGGCAGGGGCGCAGGCUGGUGGUUUCCGGCCGCUGCUAGGCGCGGCGGGCGCGGGCACGAAGCGGCAUCGGGAGAGCCCGGCUGCGUCGCCGCUCAUGGCGUCCGGCAUCCGCAACCUGUCAGAUUUCAAACGGCGGCGGCAGGCCAUGGCGCAGCAGCUGCGCUCCGUGCUAGCGGGGCUCUCGGCGCGCACACCGCGUGACACCACUCCCAUGAAUUCGGAUGGCGAGCGCACACCGGGCGGCUUUGGCAGUGGCGGCUCGGGUGCGGGCGGCGCCUCUGCUGCCACCACGCCGGCGCCCGCGCAGGGCACGCCGGGCGCUGGCGGCGAGCUGCCCGCCACCGAGACGGCUCGGAAGAUUCUGGAGACCCUGGACAACUCCGCGCGGGCCGCGGACAAUAACACGCCGAUGGCGACCACCUCGAAGCACGGCGGCCACGCGAGCGGUCGUGGGGGUGCUGGCACCGGCGCUGUUGGCGCCGGCGGCACCCCGCUGCCUGGUGGCUUCAUGCCGCCGCUGGACCGGCUGGACCAGAACCACUACGGCGGCACACCCACGCCCGGCGCUGGCGCAGUGGGCGGCACCGGCGGGUUCGGCGUGUCGGGGGCCACGCCGUCGCCCGCCGGGGGCAUGACCGCGCACGCUGGCCACACAUCUGGGCCGCGCUUGGCGCUGGACUUCCAAAGCCCGGCGCCGUCUCCGGCGCCCUCGCUCCGCCCUAGCGCUGGCCAGGACGCGGGUGCUAGCCCGGCGCCGGCACAGUCUGGCGCCAGCGGUGCGUCCACUCUGCCAAUGAGCCCCAUCGUCAUGCCGCCGGCCCAAGUGGGCGCCGCAGCCGACCGCGCUGCAGGCGCUGGCGCGGCCAGCAGCAGCGCACCUGCGACCGGCGCAGCUGCAACAUUUGGCGCCCCCAGCAGCAGCGCGGCGGGCGGCUUCGGGUUCAGCUUCGGCAAGGGGGCGGAGCGGGCCGCGGCUGCCGGUGCCACCACCACCGGCACGGCUGGGGACUUCAGCUUUGGCGAUGGCGCAUGCAGCGCCGCGGCGGGUGCGGCGGCGGACGCGGGCGCGGCCUCGCCCAAGUUCACCUUCCGUGAUCCUGGGGCGCCUUCGGAUCCCCGGCUCAAGAAGGCAAACGAUGUGAUCGCGCAGGCGGUUGCUUUGGGAUUUGUGAGCGCAGCCGAUGCGCCGACCUUCACCUUCACACCGCCCAGUGUCGGUGUGGAGGCGGCGGCGGCGCCCAGCGCCGCCACGCCGGCGCGUCUGAGCAGCCCGGCGGCGGCGGCAGCAGCUGCGGCUGGGUCGCCUUCUGCUCACGAGGAGGUGGCCAAGGCCGCGGCCGUGCCGUUGCUGGACGACAACGACGAUGAAGACGAGAAUGACGCCGGGGCGGCGGCCGCGCCCGCUGCGGCGCCGGCAAGCAAGCUGCCGCCCGGCCUAGCCAAGCGGGUGGCAUUUGCUGAUCGGGGCGGCGUUACCGCUGACAAGGCACACGAGAACGGUGGCAAGGGCGACACUGCUGUCAACGCCGGCAGCACUCCGUUCCGGCCGGCCGGCGGCGAGGUGCCGCCGGAGACGCCCGCCCCAACUCCGGCGCCCGCCAAGGAGUCGUCGGCCCCCGCCUUCUCAUUUGGAGCGCCGACCGCGGCGGCCGCGGCUGCGCCUGCGGCGGCGCCCGCUGUCGCUGAGGCUGCGAAGCCCGCCGCGCCGGCGUUCUCCUUCGGUGCGCCCGCCACCACCACUGGAGGCUUCAGCUUUGGCGCGGCUGUGACGGCGGCGCCAGCAGCAGCUGCUGCAGCCGCUAAGGAGGCGGAGAAGCCCGCGGCCCCCGCCGGAGCGUUCACGUUCGGCGCCCCUGCCUCCUCCACCCCGGCCUUUGGCGCCGCCGCCACCAGCGCGCCUGCCACCUCUGUGCCAGCCUUUGAUGCCGCCAUCACGACCACGCCAAGCGCGUCUGCGCCGGCUACCGAGCCGGUGAAGGCGGCGCCUGCCUUCACGUUUGGCACGGCCCCGGCAGCCGCUGGUGGCCAGGUGCCGGCAUUCGGCGCAGCAUCGCAACCAGCGGCCGCAGCUGCAUCCUCCGCACCCAACUUCACCUUCGGCGCUGGCCCCACCACCUCGGCCAGCACCGCCGCCACCACGGCCGUUGGCGCCGCCCCUGCCACCAGCAGCGGUCCCAGCUUCGCCUUUGGUGCGGCGCCAGCUGCGGCCGCCAGCAGCGCCGCGGCGGCGCCGCCCAGCACGGCGGUGACCGCUGCUCCCGCGCCCAUGUUCGCCUUUGGCGCCGCCUCUGCUGCCGCGCCCGCGACCUCCACGUUCGGGGCAGCGGCGCCGGCUGCUGCGGGUGCCGGCUUCGGCUUUGGAGCUGCGGCCUCGGCGCCGGCGGCUGUUAACACGGCCGCCACCACAACCAGCUUCACGUUCGGGGCCCAACCCCCGGCGAGCACCAGCGCCCCGGCCGCGGCUUCGGGACUCAACUUCACGUUCGGGGCGGCUGCAGCAUCUGCGCCUCCGUUCGGCGCGCCCGCAAGCGCGCCUGCGUUUGGUGCUCCCGCCAGCGCCCCCGCGUUCGGGGCGGCGGCCAGCGCGCCGUCCUUCGGUGCACCGGCGGCAGCGGCGGCCUUCGGAUCUGGAGCGCCUGCCAGUACUUUUGGCGGCGCGGCAGCCGGUUUCGGUGCUGCGUCCACACCCGCGCCUGGCUUUGGCGGCACGGCCUCAGCCUUCGGCUCGCAGCCGGCACCCGCGCAGCCCGCAUCCAGCGCUGCGGCUCCCUCCUUUGGGGCGCAGCCGGCGGCAGCACCCUCGUUCGGCGCGGGUGCGGGCUUUGGCGCGCAGGCGGCCAACGGCGGUGCGCCUGGUAGCAUGUUUACGUUUGGUGGUGGUGCUCCCGCGUCUGCUCCAGCGCAGUUUGGGGCCGGACCCGAGUUUGGUGCUGGCGCGUCGACGUUCGGCGGCAUGCAGGCCCAGCCUUCGGCGCAGUCGUUCGGCGGGUUUGGUGCUGGUGCGCCGGCGCCCGUGGCGCCCGCAUUUGGCGCCGCGCCUGCCUUCGUCGGCGCAGCACCGACAUUUGGCGCCGGGGCGCCGCCCUCCCCUGGUGGUGGCGGCGGUGACGCGGGCGGCUUCAACCUUGGAUUCGCGGACACGCCCAAAGACGGGCGCAAGCGGGUCAAGGCCCGCCGCCACGGGGCGUAGUGCGGGGCGCUGGUGCUGUUGAUAGGGGGCUAGGGCAGGUGAGAGCUUUUGCAGGUGUGAAACGGUGUGAGCUGCAGGUGUGUGAUGGGUUGCACGGCCACUGUGUGUGGGCUAGGCUAUAGGCUGAGCGCAUUUUAUCGGCGCAGGACGAGUGUUUGCGUGCACGCUCGGAGCUUGGGGCUGCCAGGGCAUGCGUAACGGCAUGGCGAGUAGUGCGGCUGUUGACAAGUGUGCUGCGUCUGGCUGCGGUUGGCUCUGCUGUGGCAUCCGAUUGCUAGGCACCUGGUUUGGCUAUGUGCCGGUGGAAACGACCCCGGCGGAAACGACUCAGACUGUGGAGGGGCUCAGCCCCUUUUCGCGGGGAACACUUGUCGUGUGCGCUGUCAUGAGGAUUACAGCGUUGUAGAGGCGUGAAUGCCCGGCUGUCAGGGCAAGGGUGCAAACGCUCCAUCAGUGACAGUACGCUAGCUGUCAGCCGGUGAGGUGCUGUAACCGCUGUAACGCAUGUGUGCACCCAUGCAAAAGGCCCGCGUCUACACGGCUCUCAGCCCACAGCCAUGUGAGCCAUCGUACCCGGCUGCCCACCCAAUCCCCAACCCGAGCUUGAGCCAACCACCCAUACACGGUGUAUGCCGUGGCAGCUUGCGGUGCCAGCACGUGCAGCCAGGGACCCCACAUGCAUCCCAAAAGUCACCUCGACGCGAUGGUUCCUCACAGGGUCCAGCAGCUACCGUACCAGGACACGACACGGACAGGGGCGAUCCUCCCUAUGGGGCUUCACCCCCCUGGAUCGCUUCGCUCAGGGGGCUCAGCGCCUCAGCCCAAAACGAUGUAACUUGAGAAACAAUCUGCUAGGCCCAGCCUAACGCCUAGGACUUGGCGGCGCCCAGGUUUUCGCGGCACCGGCGGACGGUCCGGACCUCCAAGCCAUGAGACCCAUGCGGUCAAGCCAUGCAACAACGGGCGUUUAAGUCGCUGGCACCGUGUGCAUGACAUGGCAUGGCACAGAGGUGUGGGAGGGGGUGAAGCAGUGAAGCAGCGCCAACCUUCUCCGGCUUCCAGAGUUCCAGGCAGGGGUCAGCGGAUGCGUGCCGCCAGGUGCCGCGGAGCGCAGCCCGAUGAUCGUCUCCGCUAGGCAGUGGGAGGCUUCCAACCUGCCCUUGCGCGCACGUUACGGGCUUCUGCGCGCACCCAGGCCCUGAGACGACUGGCAAAGCUGGCUACGCCGCAGCGCGGACGGCAACGAGCAGGGCGCGGUCCACAGGGGUCCACGGCGGCGCAGCGGGUUACGGUGUCUGGGACCGCGGCAACCGUCUUGCACCCAGGGGCCUCCGAGCUAGGCAGGCUGUAAUUUACACGUACUCAAGCUCGACAUCGCGAGAGUGCCUGCCAUAACGAAACCGUCACUGAAAACUCUCGCUGUGGCCGUGUCGUCAGACAUGCUGGCGACAAAUGCGCCAGAUAUCAGGGGGCUCAAAACUGUGCAGUCGCGAAUACUUUACGCAUAACGGACGCCAAAGGUCGCCAAUCCAAACUUCGUAAGACAAUGUUCGC